AUGUUUGUUGUAAUGUUUUAUUCACCCGUUUUCCCUCAUACUAAAGAAGAGCACUUGACAAUGGCAUACAACCCAGCAGAACAGGGCUCCCUACAGCGAGAUGCAAAGGAGAUGGAAUUGGAGGACGAUCAAUAUGUCAUAAUUAACAGAGGCUCGAACCCAAAGCAUCAUCUGCAUGUUUGGUCACCUUCUUUUGGUUCUGGUUCCCAAGUCCAAUCAAAGGGUGCUUCUCCUAUGAAAUAUAGCGCAAGCAACUCAACAAUCAUUAUACCUACUAGCUAUCAGUUUCCACAGGAGUCCGUUAAUACUAAAGACGGAUACUAUUCAGGAGAAUGCUUAACACUGCAUCCAGAAGAGUUGUAUUGUUUUCCCAGAGGUCCAAACAAACACCUUAAUGUUGGUAAUGAUGUAGGGUUCUUUAAAUGCACUUCACCACCUUUGGAAGUGACGGCAUUGGAUGGGUUUAAGAGCACAUCUCCUGCCAAGGAGUAUUUGACGUACCCAAACUAUCAAAUUAGCCGUCAAUACCAAGCAGAAGCCACGCUACAGCUGCCUAGUGCCAACUUUCCAGCCAUAUGCGAGCCCCUAACACCACCAGAGUCAAUUCACUCUCUUCACCGUCACAAGAUCCUGAUGGGCUCCGACAUCUCCACAUCCAGUGGAUCGACUAUUAGUACUUUAGUAAGUCGAGGAGGUUCAGCCGACGGUGAUGGGGCGGAGACCCCCAAACCAAAAAUCGAAACCACAUAUUGGGAAGAUGAAGACACUAAAUGCUACCAGGUGAAGGCAAGAGGAGUUUUGGUGAGUAGAAGAGAAGAUAACAACUAUGUCAAUGGCACCAAGCUCUUAAACGUUAUAGGAAUGAGCAGAGGGAAGCGUGAUGGGAUUUUGAAGGCUGAGAAGAAUAAGAUUGUCAUCAAGUUGGGGUCUAUGAACUUGAAGGGAGUCUGGAUACCCUUUGAGCGAGCAGCAGAGAUUGCCCGGAACAAUGGAGUGGACGCAGACAACAUAUUGGGGCCCUUGUUUAUUGAAGAUAUCAAAACGUACUUUGAGACUACAGGAUUCCGACUUCGAGUAAAUGAAUGCAACCAUAAACGAUUAUCGGCACCACCACCGCCGCCAAAAAGUAAAAAUACUCUUUAUCUAGAGAUGAAGAAUAAAUGA